CCUCUCUCUCUCUCAGCUCCUUUUUAUAAUAUUUCUCAAGUCCUCGCAUAAAGAUUUUAUUUUUCUUCAAAUUUAACCUUUUCAAUGUGAUUUGGUCAAACUUGAGCAGCUCCUGCCAUUAAAUACCUUCAUCUUCUUCUUCUUGGCAUCACUGACAACACCACCUUACUCUUUUCAGAAUGAGGACUGUGUUAUUGGAUUAUCUUCUUACAUUGAUUCUCUUCCACUCCCUACUUUGGCUUCUGCUUUUACCCAGCUCUUUGUCGUUCCCUUUGUGCACAAAUUCUUGGGCACCUGUAACCCUAAAGACACCAUUGACCUUCUGCUCUUAUACGGGGAGCAGCUGCUGCAAUGCCACUGACGACUCAGCGUUGCAGAAGCAGUUCAAUUCCAUGAAUAUCUCUGAUUCAACUUGUGGAUCUAUAGUCAAGUCGAUUCUCUGCACGAAAUGUAAUCCAUAUUCAGCAGAUCUCUUCACCGUUGAACCAAACAUUGGAAUGGUUCCUGUUUUGUGCAACUCAACAACUUAUGUUAGCUCUUCUCAGUCCAGCAAAGUUGCUUCCGGAGAUUUCUGCGUACAGGUCUGGGAUUCUUGCAAAGAUGUACCCAUACGGAACUCUCCAUUUGCUGCCUCUUUACAGGGCGCUUCUGGACAGUCAGUUUCAUCUUCCAGACUUUCAGAUCUUUGGCAAUCUGAAACUGACUUCUGCAAAGCAUUUGGAGGGUCAGCCAGUAGUGAGUCGGUUUGUUUCAAUGGGCAAUCUGCUUCAUUUAAUAGUUCAGUGGACUCUGCACCCAAAGGUAUCUGCCUAGAGAAGCUUGGAAAUGGAUCAUACCUUAGUAUGGUGCCUCACCCAGAUGGCUCAAAUCGUGUCUUCUUGUCAGAUCAAGCGGGUAAGAUUUGGCUAGCGACAGUUCCAGCACAAGGAUCAGGAGGGACAUUGGAUUUUAAUGAGUCAAGUACUUUUCUUGAUAUAACUGACAUGGUUCAUUAUGAUACUGCAUUCGGAGUGAUGGGUUUGGCAUUUCAUCCAAAUUUCACAAGUAAUGGGCGCUUCUUUGUUUCAUAUAAUUGUGAUAAGACACAAACGGCGAGUUGUUCUGGAAGGUGUUCAUGUAACUCUGAUGUGGAUUGUGACCCUUCAAAGCUUGGUUUGAACAAUGGCGUUCAACCUUGCAGAUAUCAAAGUGUUGUUUCAGAGUUCACUGUCAAUGGCUCCUCAACAACGCCUUCAGAGGCAACAUCUGCUUCCCCUUCUGAAGUAAGAAGGAUUUUCACCAUGGGGCUUCCAUAUACAGAACAUCAUGGAGGGCAAAUUCUUUUUGGACCUGAAGAUGGUUAUUUAUACUUUAUGAUGGGAGAUGGUGGGAAUGAUGGAGAUCCAUUCAAUUUUGCACAGAAUAAAAAAUCCUUGCUGGGUAAAAUUAUGCGACUUGAUGUGAAUAACAUACCAAGUUCAAGUGAGAUAAAUGAUCUUGGUCUUUGGGGAAACUAUUCAAUUCCAAAAGACAACCCUUCUGCCGAUGACAGUCAAUUGCAGGAUGAGAUUUGGGCCUUGGGUCUUAGAAAUCCAUGGCGCUGCAGUUUCGACUCGAAACGGCCAUCUUACUUCUUUUGCGCGGAUGUUGGGCAGGAAACAUAUGAGGAAGUCGAUUUGAUCUCGAAGGGAGGCAAUUAUGGAUGGCGCAUUUACGAGGGUUCUUACCCUUACCAUCCCAAGUGGACUCCAGGAGGAAACACCUCUCUAAACUCUAUAAAUCCAAUUUUUCCAGUCAUGGGAUAUAAUCAUUCCUCUGUGAAUACAAAUGUCGGAUCUGCUUCAAUUUCUGGUGGUUAUGUCUAUAGAGCGAAAGCUGAUCCAUGCUUGUAUGGAAGGUACUUGUAUGCAGACCUCUAUGGUUUAGGAAUGUGGGGAGGCAUUGAGAACCCAGAGAACAGUGGAAACUACAGCAGUACAGAGUUGCCAUUUAACUGUGCCAAAGAAACUCCAAUUGCUUGUGAUCCCGUUGAAGGCAGUCACCUCCCAUCUCUUGGCAUCGUCUACUCCUUUGCCGAGGAUAACAACAAGGAUGUUUAUCUUUUAGCCAGCAAAGGAGUUUACAGGAUAGUAAGGCCAAGCCUUUGCAAUUAUACUUGCCCACAGGAAAGCCAUAUAGAUAAUGGAAGUCCACCUCCAGGUUCUUCUUCUUCUACUGCUCAUUUUGAAAACCUUCAACUGAAGCUGAUACUUCUUCUCAUAAGCUUAAUAAUUUUGUUGAGUUCUUAUUAGCUAGUAAAAUGUGUGAUGUUUUUUUUAUUUUAUUUUUAAAUCAUGGUAGAGUAGAGAUGUCAUUGCAAGGGUAUGCUUUUGUAUAAUUAUAUCAGCUAGGAAUUUUGCUCUAUAUGCAUGUAUGUGUGAUUCAAAUUUGUCUUUUAAGAUUUUGGAAUGGAGAUAUUGUGUUCAUGUAAAUAUUGUCUGGUCUAUUGAACUUUUGUUUUGUUAAA